ACAAGCGUUCAGCCGUGAUGGGAGCCAGUGGCGGCGUCCGCGCGCUGCUGGAAGAGGUGGUAUCAGGUCCGUUCGUCAUGGGCUGCGUGUGUCACUCCCUGGCGCUGUGCACCGGCCACUCCGUCAACUGGGUCAAAAUGGCCCAAACCAACUGGCUGAAGGUGGCAACAAUAGGGAGCAUUCUGGAGAGACAGUUGGUGAGGAGAAAGGGUGAUGCAGGGUGCUCAAAAUUUAACAAUCACAGGCAAUGAUAGACAAUCCCAUCACUGGAUGCCCCCUACUGAAGGAACUGUGGGUCUCUAGGGGAAGCUGGAGUCUCACCAGAGGCAGCAAGCACUGACCAAGAGUAGGAAGAGAUGAGAACACAGAUGAGGAAAGCAUGUUGCAUGAAUUGUUGCACACUACAAAGACAUUGAUGUAGUGAGGGAUUGAUGUCUUUCUCAAAUUUGGUCACUGGAAGACCUGCCAUUGGACCUGUCAUAUCAGAAGCUGGUGAGAGGUGUUUGUAUGUGAUGAAUUGCCAUCAUCACACUGUGAUCAGCGUUAGUGAGUCAUCUUGGUGUGCUCAGCAUGAUUGAAAGUCACAUCAGGAAGGAGGGACAUGAUAACUCUGCUGAUCUGUCAAAAGCAUCAUUAUAUUUUAUUACUAUAUAUUUUAUCAUUAUAUAAUUAUUUUUUGUUGCCUAAACAUUUGAGGUGCUGUGAACUGGGAUGACAGCACAAAGCAAUGCAGUCAUUAAGUUUUAAACAGAGUCAUCUUAGUCACAUGCUGAUGCUACUAUACUCUGCAGCUUGAUACAUAUCUGAAUCCAGUUUCCCUGGUAAU